GGACCUCGUCACUGCGAUCCCAUUUCUCCCCAACAUGCCUGUGAAUGAUCCUCCUGCUCCCACAGCGCUAUCUACCAACAUCGAAAAAGCUCUUCCUGAUGAUUUGGAGAAAGUCCCGCACAUCCUCGAAGAGCCAGCCCGCACAGAAUCUGCCACUUCCGAUACUAGCGUCGACAUCGAGGCCGAACGCAAGCUUCUCCGGAAGAUCGACUAUCACGUCGUCCCUCCGUUGGCUGUCCUCUUCCUCCUCGCAUUCCUUGACAGAAUAAACAUCGGCAACGCGAACAUCCAAGGCUUGUCGACGGAACUUCAUCUAGAGAAGCACCAAUACAACAUCGCGCUUUUCGUAUUCUUCAUCUCAUACAUCAUCUUCGAAGUCCCCAGCAACAUCAUGCUCCGCAAAGUCCGUCCCUCAACCUGGAUCUGCUCCCUAAUGUUCGUCUGGGGCAUCGUCAGCAUAGGCCAAGGCCUCACCCAUUCUUACCAAGGUCUAGUCGCCAUGCGUUUCCUGCUCGGAAUAUUUGAAGCAGGCCUAUUACCUGGAGGCGCCUACCUAAUAUCCAUGUAUUACAAGCGGUACGAGUUGCAGUGGCGGAUAAGCUGUUUCUAUCUCGCUGCGAUCCUAGCGGGCGCGUUCGGUGGAUUGUUUGCGUUCGCACUGGGCCACAUGGACGGAAUCGGAGGGUACAGCGGGUGGCGCUGGAUCUUCAUCAUCGAAGGCCUACUCACCAUCCUCGUCUCCCUCAUCUUCAAAUUCCUCAUAGUCGACUGGCCCGAACGCGCAACCUUCCUCUCCCCCUCAGAGCGACACCUCCUCCUCACCCGCCUCACCCACGAAACCCCUCCCCAUUUCGAGAUGUCCCGCCUUGACCGUCUCGCCCUCGUUCGCAUCUUCUCAGACUGGAAGAUCUACAUCGGCACGCUCAUGUACCUCGGCGUCGUCGACACGGGCUACUCCACCUCUUUUUUCAUCCCCACUAUCGUUCUCGAACUGGAGCCCGGGACCACGAGCGCGCAGGCCCAGGUGAAAAGCAUCCCGAUAUAUAUAGCUGCGGCGGUGGGCAGUUUGGUGGUGGCAUGGGCUACCGAUAGGGUGAAGCAUCGGUAUGGGUUUUGUAUGGCGGGGUUGGUGGUGGCGUCGAUUGGGUAUGUGAUUCUAUUGUGCCAGGAGAGCGUGAGUGCGAAGGUGAGGUAUAUGGCUUGUUUCUUUAUUACGGUUGGAGGUUACAUGACGCAAGGCAUAACGAUCGCCUGGCUAAGCAACAAUGUCAGCGGUCACUACAAACGCUCCAUCGCCCCCGCCUUUCAAAUCGGUGUAGGCAACCUCGGCGGCAUAGUCGCCUCCAACAUCUUCAUAUCCUCGCAAGCACCCACGUACCCCCUGGGCUACGGCGUCUCCCUCGGCAUGAUCUGGCUGUGCGGUAUCGCGUGCACGAUAUUUUAUUUUGGGCUGAGGAGAGAAAAUAGGAUUAGAGAUCGCGGUGGGAGAGAUUAUAGGUAUGGGCAGAAGGAUUUGGAUAAUAUGGGGGAUGGCCAUCCGGAGUUUAGAUUUGCGUAUUGAGACGUUGGAAUGGUGGAAAUAAUGUAAACAGCAUAGAGCAACAAAAGGGCGUGAUUCUCGC